CCCCUGGCCAAGCGGUGCCGCCUCCAGCCUAGAGAUGCCGCCAAGAUGCCUGAGAGUGCCUGGAAGUUUCUCUUCUAUCUGGGCGCCUGGAGCUACAGCGCCUACCUGCUCUUCGGGACCGACUACCCCUUUUUUCACGACCCACCCUCUGUCUUCUACGACUGGACGCCGGGCAUGGCGGUGCCCCGGGACAUCGCAGCCGCCUACCUGCUGCAAGGAAGCUUUUACGGCCACUCCAUCUAUGCCACGCUGUACAUGGACGCCUGGCGCAAGGACUCGGUGGUCAUGCUCGUGCACCACGUGGUCACCCUGGUCCUCAUCGUCUCCUCCUAUGCCUUCCGGUACCACAAUGUGGGCAUCCUCGUGCUCUUCCUGCAUGACGUUAGCGACGUGCAGCUGGAGUUCACCAAGCUCAACGUCUACUUCAAGUCCCGAGGAGGCUCCCACCACCGGCUCCACGCCUUGGCCGCUGACCUGGGCUGCCUCAGCUUCAGCCUCAGCUGGUUCUGGUUCCGCCUCUACUGGUUCCCGCUCAAGGUUCUGUACGCCACGUGCCACAGCAGCCUGCGCUCGGUGCCCGACAUCCCCUUCUACUUCUUCUUCAACGCGCUCCUUCUAUUGCUCACCCUCAUGAACCUCUACUGGUUCCUGUACAUCGUGGCCUUUGCUGCCAAGGUGUUGACGGGCCAGGUACGCGAACUGAAGGACGUGCGGGAAUACGACGCGGCAGAGGCCCCGAGCCCCAAGCCCAGCAAAGCUGAGAAGCCGCUGAGGAACGGCCUGGUGAAAGACAAGCGCUUCUGAAUUCCUUGAUCACCGUCCCACCCCUCAGGACCCAGCCCCGCCCGACCACGUCCCCCAGGGAACCGACCACGCCCCUCCCCCCGGGACUCUGGCUCCGUCCAGCUCCGCCCCACCUGGGCCCUGGCCACUCCCGGUCACCUCCCGCUGGACCCCUGCCCCGCCCCCCCGAACCCCGCCCC